ACCGGAAAUCCACCAGAAGAAGAGCUGUAGUAAUAUGGCGCCCGGCACCUACUAAACGUUGCUGCCCCGCUCUUUUUACUCGGAAGUUGAUUUAUCAAACAGCAUAAAGUGAUCAUCAGUGUAUCUUUGCGAGUUCAGUCUUUCUCAGUGAGUCUUUCUCUGUAGAAGAAACGCAUUUAGUUCGUUUUUUUUAUUUUAACUUUGUCUCAAACGAGACCGUCGUCUAUAGCACGGAAAUGUCCGAAGUGGAAGUAAUAAAGGUGCUGGUGAAUCAGCGGCUGACUGCAGUGGCUGAAGAGAUAGUGGGACUGUUUGAGAAAACCUUUGCAGAGUACCGGGACAAUGUGGCUCGCUUGGUGGAGGAAACGGAGCGACAGCGCAGGCUGCUGGAAUCCGUAAAAACCCCGGGAGCUCCCUCACCACACACAGAACCCGAGCAGACGCUGGCAGUAGAAGACACAGCACCGAAACAACAAACUUUGGAAGCGAGCUUGAACCAUGAGCACAUAGCGAGCUUGAACCAUGAGCACAUAGCGAGCUUGAACCAUGAGCACAUAGGUGCUCGCUUCAUCAAAGAGGAACAGGAAGACAUGUGGAGUAGCCAGGAGGGAGAGCAACUGCCAGAAGUGGAGACGUUCUCUCUUAGCUAUAUCCCCUUAAAGACUGAGAGCCGAGAGGAGCCGGAGGUCAACUCUCCAUACCUUGUGAAAUUGUUACGUGGAGACUUUCAGCCGCUGCAGAAGAGUAAUGAAGAGAUUACGUCUCUGGAGCAGCAGUGGAGACCUGCUCUGAAAGAGGAGCCUGAAUGCUCACAAACUGAAGUGGAACAGGAGAAACUCAGGAGAAGCCAGGGAGAGACGCGUAUAGGACUGGGAGAGAAUUCAGUCACAGAGUUGCCAUCCAUUGCUGUAAAGAGGGAGGCUGAUGAAGAGGAAGGUUGGUCGGCUCAGCUUCACAACAACGCAGAGUCUUCAGACUGCCAGUCCACUGAACAUAUGCAAGUAGAGAGUGAUGGUGACGGCUGUGGAGGAGCAGAACCACCGACCAACGCAGCUAGUGACAAGACUUCCGACUCUUCAGACAGUGAGACUGAAGACAGCGAUGAUGACUGGAAAAGAAUAAAUACAAAGCAGUCCUAUUUUAAAGUAGUGAUAGGCAAUAGCGUUGCUAACUCACAACCAGCCCAGAAGUUAGAUGCAACUCCAGUUAGUGAUGAGAAGACUUCUGAUUCAUCUGAAACUGAGACUGAGGACAGUGAUAAUGAUUUGAUGGAUAGCAAUAAAUCUAAGUCAGGUUCAACUAGUGUUAAAUUCAAACAAGCUUUUGUUGCAAGGUCGUCAAAAAUUCAUACUGAGAAGAAGUCUGACUGUAGGCAGCAACUGAAAAAUCACACAGGUACACAAACAGCACAGGUUUCUAUCCAGGGUUCGCAACUUGUUCUUCACAAAGCAAACUCAGGUAUGAGAACCAGUUCUACAGAACGACCUUUAAGCGACUCCAAGAAACGUAAAGAAAGUGCGUCUCCAAAGGCACACACCACCAAGGACAAGUCCUUCAGAUGUUCAAGUUGUAAUAAAAGUUUCCAAAGGAAAGUACACCUGAUUCAACAUAUUAAAAUGCAUAAACAGAAUCCUAACAUUAGUGGCGCAGACAAGCCAGUGUAGUAUCCAGGAACGGCUUGUUUCAUCUUGUCCUUUUGUUAUCCAGGAAUACUGUUAACCUUUUUCUUACUGUUAAGUGAAUGGCAUUGAAGCUAAUGAUAACCAACUAUCUGCCUGUUUAAGCAGAAUUUUCAGAAAUAAAAUAUUUUUUUAUUUUUGUUUUUUAAUGGACCCAAAGGUCAAUAAAAUGUAAAGGAUGUUAUAAAGACAAGUGCAAAGCUACUGGUGGAGUUUUUUCUGUAAUCGCAGAGGCUGCAAAAUCUGCCCAUUCAGUUCCUCAUUGGGAAGUUCACUCUGUUCUUUAGCUUGUCUGCACAGAGGAUCGAUAAGCUUAUUACAUGUUGAGCUGUUCUUUUUUUUUUUUUUUUUUUUUUUGUACAUCUUCUGUCUAAACUAAAUGUACCAAAAGUUUGUGAAUAGUAUAAAUAGAAUAGACACCAAUCAUUUUUCUAGGUACUGCUGUUCAACUGCUUGCUAACACAAAUGUCAGCCACUACUUUCUUUACAUUCCUUUAACGCCUGUUUGUUGAAAAUGCUUUCUGGACUACGGCACCGCUGACAGAGAGUUUACAGAGAGUCAUCCAUAAAACCAAAAAUAUCCAGUAAGCAGCAGUUUUCCAGGCAAAAAUACCUGUGACGUCAGAGAAGAAUGGCCAGUUUUAAUUCGAUUGGAAAGCAACAGAAACUCAAACACUUACAAUAAAGGUAUGCAGAAGAGCAUAUCUGGAUGCACAACACAUCCAACCUUGAAGCAGAUGGGCUACAGCUGCAAAAGACCACAACACGUACCACUCCUAUCAACCAGAAACGAGAAACCGUGGCUACAAUUCACAGGAUUUAAAAAAGCGGACAAUAGAAGUUUGGAAAACAUUGCCUGGUCUGAUGAAUCUUGAUAUCUGCAAGGUGUACGUAAUAAAGCGUCAAGAGUAUUUGCCCAUUAGAUAGAUGGUAUGGUUUGGGUCCACUUAUCAUUUGACACAUUAGAACAUUACUAUUGUUUUGUACUGACCUUUUUAUUUUGUAGUGAUAAUCUUUAUCCUAUGCGAAAACAUUGUUCUCCAGACGACAGUGGUGUCUUUCCAGGUGAUGAUGCACCUCACGUGGUUUAUGGAGUGUAGAAAAGAUAUGGGACAUGUGCUAUGGCUAUUGGAAUCACAGAUGUAAUUUCAGCUGAGCAUAUUGGAAGAAUUUGAACCACUACCCACAACUGUUGACUGUUUUUCCCUUUAAUUUGUCACCACUUCACAGGAGACCUGAUUGCAAAUAAAUGUGUGUAUAAAGCA